GCCACCAGCCACAUACCAACGCAAAGGAACAAAACACUGAGCGCGGAUCAUGCUUCCAGCAAACUGCAAAGACCAGCUCGUAUUUCUGUUCUUACUGUUUACCACUGGGCCUGUUCUUCUUGUAAGCGCACCAGGGUUGGAUUUCUGUCACUGGGAAGAACUCAAGGUGCGUUUGUAUUUGCGUCCUGCUGGUUGCUUCUGCUCUAAGUUACGGCGUUUUUCGUUUGUUCGCGCUGGCGAUUGGCUUUGCCCUGUUGACCUCAACCCCACGAGACUCCCCCAGACAUACCUCACCGUGACCGUGACAUCUCUCCCCUCCACGCUGCUUCUUGCCCGCGCCAACUAACCUACCUUGCCGGUAUUCAUUGCUCCCCAGAUAUAUUUUCACCGCCUACGCCAAAGGUUCAUGCUUGGAUUCCCCUCAUCUGCCUAUUGAGUCCCUCCGUCGACAUCCAGCACUCAAAAGAAGAACUCAAUUGGCCUUCCCCUCCCCGGUCGAAAACACAACUCUCUGGAGGCCUUGUCGCAGCAUCCUCUCCUCCUCCUCCCUCCUCCGCUGCUAGCUAUGGAAGGCCAAGGCGAAAAUGAUGAGCUCUACCCCAUCGCUGUUCUGAUCGAUGAACUGAAGCAUGAGGAUGUCCUCCUCCGUUUAAACGCCAUUCAUCGCCUAUCUACUAUUGCUCUGGCUCUUGGUCCGGAACGAACACGGGACGAAUUGAUUCCUUUUCUUGACGAGUCAGUCGAAGAUGAAGAUGAAGUUUUGACUGCGCUCAGUGAGGAAAUGGGCAAUUUCGUCGACUAUGUUGGUGGUCCGGAAUAUGCACACGUUCUACUAUCUCCGCUAGAGAAUUUGGCCGCGAUUGAGGAACCCUUGGUGCGAGAAAAGGCGGUUGAAUCGCUGAACAAGAUUUGCGCACAGCUUUCCUCAAAGCAGAUCGAAGAUUAUUUCAUACCCCUCACUGUGAGCCUCUCGAAAGCGGACUGGUUCACUUCCAAAAUAUCUGCCACAGGCCUCUACAGCGCUCCAUACUCCAAAGCCUCCCCCACUUCGCAGCAAGGUCUUCGACAGCAGUUUGGACACCUGGUCCACGAUGACACUCCCAUGGUCAGACGCCAGGCAGCAAAUAACCUUGCCAAGUUCACCAAAGAGAUGAGCACACAAGUGAUCAUAGAUGAAAUAAUCCCUCUCUUCCAAUACCUUGCAAACGAUGACCAGGAUAGUGUGCGACUAUUAACAGUGGAUAUCUUGAUAUCAAUCUGCGAAGAGAUCCCCAAGGAGCAACAGUCAAGCCAUGGUGUCCUUCUAACCGCACUGCGGAGUUUAUUCGAAGAUAAAAGCUGGAGGGUUAGAUACAUGGUGGCUGAUAGGUUUGAAAAGAUCGCAAAAGCUGUUGAUGAUGACGUGUUGAAUCGGGAUCUGGUCCCUGCCUUCGUGAAGUUGCUAAAGGAUACCGAGGCAGAAGUCCGCACAGCAAUCGCCGGACAAAUUCCUGGUUUCUGCGAACUGCUCGAUAGAGAUACCCUUUUGAAUGAAAUAAUGACUAGCAUUGAAGACCUCGUGUCUGAUCCUUCGCAACAUGUGCGCGCUGCGCUAGGCAUACAAAUCAGUGGACUGGCGCCGAUACUUGGCAAGGAUGAAACUAUUGCGCACCUACUCCCUAUGUUUUUGCAAAUGCUGAAAGAUGAAUUCCCCGAUGUACGCCUGCACAUUAUAUCCAAGCUGGAAAUGGUCAAUAAAGUUAUUGGUAUCGAGCUUCUAUCCCAAUCUCUCCUCCCCGCGAUUGUACAGCUAGCGGAAGAUAAGCAGUGGCGUGUCCGCUUGGCAAUCAUCGAAUACAUCCCCCUUCUUGCCAGCCAGCUUGGCGUAAAGUUCUUCGACGAGCAGCUCAGCGCCCUGUGCAUGGGCUGGCUUGGGGAUGCUGUGUUCUCGAUUCGCGAGGCAGCUACUCUGAACCUAAAGAAACUGACGGAAGUGUUCGGCGUGGAAUGGGCGAAAAAUUCCAUUAUUCCAAAGGUUAUAUCGAUGGGCCAGCAUCCAAACUAUCUUUAUAGAAUGACAACUUGUUUCGCUAUAUCUACCCUUGCGCCAGCUGUCAACCUCACUAUAAUCGAGAUGUCCAUCCUCCCGAUUCUCGAGAGACUUGUCGGUGACGACAUCCCGAACAUCCGCUUCAACGUCGCGAAAUCCUACGCUGUCAUGAUAGAUACCCUCCGACGCCUACCCGCAGAGGGCACUUUGGCCGAGCUCGAAAAAUCCGGGCAGACAAACAGCACUCCAGGACCGCGCAACCACACCAUCGUACAGCAACAGAUCCUCCCAAAUCUUGAGAAGCUGCAGCAGGACGAUGAUGUCGACGUGCGAUAUUUUGCCACCACUGCCGCAAACAGCUUUUCGGAAGCCAUGCAAACGUCGCCAUGAUUUUCCUCUCUAGAAAAAUAACAAAAAAGAAUACAUUCAAUAUGUCCCCGACAAUACGGCCCGUUCUUUGUUUUAUUUUAAUCAAUGACUUUACUAAAUACAUUAUUUUCAUGCAUGCAUGCUUGUGUUGCCGUCUUCCCUCCCUCUCGUCCUUUGCUUUAUGAUUCACUGAUCUAGAGGAACCCCCCUUUCCUUCCCCUUUCCUUUUUCGUUUCUUCGUUGCUUGUUCUUUUCUGUAAUUGCUCGGGAGGAAGAGACGGGCUCAGAAUUCAAUAUAAUCAAUCGGCCAAUUAAUCUAGCUUUUUAUGCUCUCCUGAUUUACGAAAUGGUAAAAAAAAAGGGGAAAGAAUGAAUGAAAGAAUGAAUGAAAGAAAGAA